AUGGCCGAUAUCCCCAAGGAUCUCUUGAGCCAGAUUAAAGAAUUUGAAGAGCAAUUCACCGUUGACCGACAAAAGCUGAAGGAGAUUGUUGCUCACUUCGUCAAGGAGCUGGAGAAAGGAUUAUCUGUCGAAGGGGGCAAUAUCCCUAUGAACGUUACUUGGGUAUUCGGAUUCCCCACUGGUGACGAACAGGGCACCUUCCUUGCUCUCGACAUGGGCGGCACCAACCUUCGGGUCUGUGAAAUCGAGUUGACCAAGGAACACGGAGAAUUUGACAUCACGCAAUCUAAAUAUCGGAUCCCCGAAGAAUUGAAGACCGGCACCGCCGAAGAACUCUGGGAGUACAUUGCCGACUGCUUGCAGCAAUUCAUCGAAUACCACCACGAAGACGAGCAACUGUCCCACCUCCCACUGGGUUUUACCUUCUCGUAUCCCGCUACUCAGGAAUAUAUUGACCACGGCGUUCUUCAACGAUGGACAAAGGGAUUCGACAUUGACGGCGUGGAAGGCAAGGAUGUCGUUCCACCUUUCGAAGAAGUGGUGAAAAAGAGGGGUCUUCCCAUCAAAAUUACGGCUUUGAUCAAUGACACCACUGGAACGAUGAUUGCCUCGGCCUAUACCGAUCCUGAAAUGAAGAUUGGGUGCAUUUUCGGCACCGGUGUCAAUGCAGCAUAUAUGGAGGAUGCAGGAUCUAUUCCCAAGAUUGCACACCUGAACUUACCCCCUGAUACCCCUAUCGCCAUCAACUGUGAAUACGGAGCCUUUGAUAACGAGCAUGUCGUGCUCCCUCUUACAAAGUACGAUAUCAUCAUUGACCGCGACUCUCCUCGACCUGGCCAGCAAGCCUUUGAAAAGAUGACAGCUGGCUUGUACCUUGGUGAAAUCUUUCGCCUAGCUCUAUUGGAUGUCCUUGAUAUCAAACCUGGUCUAAUUUUCGAAGGUCAAGAUGUGUCUAAAUUGAAAAAACCUUACUCAUUGGAUGCGUCCUUCCUAUCCGCCAUUGAAGAAGACCCCUUCGAGAACUUGCAGGAGACUCAAGAGCUCUUUGAACGCGUUCUUGGUCUCAAACUUGUGAAACCUGAGCUCGAACUGUGCCGUCGACUGGCUGAACUUAUUGGUACCAGAGCUGCUCGACUUUCUGCUUGCGGCGUCGCUGCAAUUUGCACUAAGAAGAAUAUUGAACGAUGCCACGUCGGUGCAGAUGGUUCCGUGUUCACAAAAUACCCACACUUCAAGGCUCGUGGAGCUCGUGCAUUGCGUGAGAUUCUUGACUGGAAAGACGAUGAGAAGGACAAGGUCGUUAUCAUGCCCGCUGAAGACGGUUCUGGUGUCGGUGCAGCCUUGAUUGCUGCAUUGACGCUGAAGCGUGUCAAGGAUGGCAACCUGGCUGGUAUCCGGGACAAGAACUCGAUGCUGACUCUUCUUUGA